AUGGCAGCUCUGAUCGCGCUGAUACUACUUGUCGCUGUGGCGGCCGCUGGAUUCGCGGUCCGACUUUGGCUAAGUGGUCGACUGUCGCUGCUGAAGGACCACUUGAAGAAGCAAGAAGAGCUGGGCGCUGAUGGUGUCGAGAUCGUCGUGCAAAAGCCUGCCCACGAGCGUCGUCUCAAGUUGUCCCUGCCCGACAUUUCCUCGAUCCAAAUCCGCUCGCCUGUUGGGCCCAUGAAGUCUUCAAUCCGAAGCGCACUCAAGGAGCUGCGCUCACGCCAGAUGGUCCAGAGUCUCUGCAGCAGAUUCGAGUCGCGCUUGAAGGUGUCCAGCGAGCCAGAGGAAUGCAAGAAGGAAGCAGCAAAGAAGAAGACCGCACAGCCGACCAGGUCUCGCCGGCGAGACGCGCGUGACGGCCGCGACGUAACUGUUACCCCCGUGCUCUUGGCCAGCGAGCUGGCGAAGGAGGCCGAGAUCACCGCAAAUGCCCGAUCCAACAACCUGAACAAGUUCCUCCGCAGCUACGCGUCUAACCUGGACAACGCCGUCUCCGCAGAACGCCGCUCCAGCUUGAACACUGACGCUAUCUCGGCGGAGAGACGUGUGGUCAUGAGUACGGACGCCGAAGACGACGUCGAGCAGCCUCUGCUGGCCAACGUUGAGGAAAGCGAGGUGCAGCUCAAAGAAGCGGCCGCAGAAAGCGACGACUCCAGCAUGGAACUCGAGCUCGACCUUCACACGUUGCAGCUGGAGUCGGAGUUCUCGAACCAAGUUGACGACUCGCCGUCGACCGCGGACAGCGAGGCCGAGAUGGAAGUGUCAGUGCUCGUGCACGCGACGGACUGCGAGCCGUCGGUUGACGAGAGUUUGGGCGAGUCCGACGAGGGCAACAACAACGUCGACACCAAGCGCCACGCUGUCGUCCCCAGCCUGCAGUUGUUCAAGGCCUUCACACUGGCAGACUCGGACGAGCAGUCGGCGCCCGAAUCCACCCGCAGCAGCGACUGCAAGCCCGAGACGUGCGCCGACCCGCCGGCCAAGCUGGCGCUGUCGCGCUUCAAGCAGCAGGUGCCCUCCAACGGCCGACGCGCGCACAGCUUCGCCACCCGCAACAUCUAA